CACAAGGCUAAGGCAGGGGUCUUAUUUAUUAUUGUAAUUCCCAUUUUUUUCAUAUAGUACAACAUGCAAACUUUGUUUUGUUUCUCUGAUACAUAAAGCCCACUGUGUCUGCAUUUAUUGGCCAAUCGGCGCGUCAGAGCGGAAAACACGGGAGCGGAGGAACGCGCGGCGCGCAGGGGUUGCGCACGGAGAGGACGUAGCUACGACACUGGCGGAGCGAGAGAGGCGCGACUACGACCGAGAGGAUGCAGUAGAAAAAAAAAAAGCCCCCCCCCCCCAGUAUCCCAGCUAAAUUCCACGGCCCGGGCGAUCAUCCAGCAGCGACCGGUGAAGAUGAGCGUGAAGCAGGCUGCGAACGAAGGCAGGGUGGAGGGAGGCAAAGGCAGUGUGGGCGACAGCGGCUCAUCGAAGCUUCAGCAGUGCGCUCAGCCCCCCAACAGCAGCGGUGGGAGCAGUGGCCGGACCAGAGACGCCAGAUACCAGCAGCUGCAGCAGCAGAGGCAUCAUGGUGGGUCGAUGCUGAAGCAACCGUCUCACAACGAGCCGGCCGACGUGGUGAGGCGGGCGCUGGACUUCAAGUGCCAGGGCACCCAGUGCUACAAGGACAAGAAAUACCGAGAGGCGAUCGGCAAGUACCACCGCGCUCUGCUGGAGAUCAAGGGGCUGUGCAGGGUGCUGGGGGAUCCGGACGCCGGCUCCAAGUCCCCGUGCCCCCUCCUCCCGACCAUCAGCAAGCCCAGCACGCUGACCGACGAGCAGAAGGGGGCGAUGGAGAAAGCCGAGCUGGAGUGUUACAACAGCCUGGCAGCAUGCCUUUUGCAAAUGGAGCUGGUGAACUAUGAACGGGUGAAGGAAUAUUGCCUGAAAGUGCUUCAUAAGGAGGGAAAGAACUUCAAAGCUCUCUACCGGUCUGGCGUGGCCUAUUACCACCUUGGAGACUUUCAGAAGGCCCUCUACUACCUGAAGGAGUCACACAAGCAGGAGCCAUCAGACACCAAUGUCAUCCGCUACAUCCAGCUCACAGAGAUGAAGAUUCGCCGAAAUGCCCAAAGGGAGAAGAAAGAGGCGACAUAAUCUCGCUCUGCACCGAUGACUCCGCGCCCGCCGUAACUUUCAAGCCCCACUGUGCCACCUAGACCUUAAACGCCACAAUUCAGAGGUCCUAGCGUGAAAUCAUGCAUUUGUUUGCUUUUGCCUUGCACUCCACACGGUUGCCGGUUAUGUGAUUGAACUUCAUUGUUGUCUGCUUGGAGUGUUAUUGUUGGGGCUGUUUUUUUUCUUUUCUUGGGGGCAUGGGGCUUUAAUGAGAGAAAUACCGUACCAGUUUUGUUUUGUUUGUUUUUUUCCUUGUAUCUCUCCUCAAACCACUAAACCCAUUGAGUAAAAUCCAUGUGUUCUAACCAUUCCAAACUGAUGCACUGCCAGUCCAGACAUUGCACAUAAAGGCCAUACACCUAGUGGGGCAACAAGGUCCACAGUUCAGAGUAUCCGGAGGCGAGUGUUGCCGUAAAUUAUCACCUGCCCUUGCACAAGAUGUCUUUUCAAUGCCUUGGAGUAAGUGAGUUACAACCACCUAUACUUGUGUCACCUUACGCCGAUUUUGAAAGUACUGCAAAAGUCACAGUUUUUUAUACUCUUGAUUAUAACUGCAGUGACGGUGCUUUCAGUAAGUUAGUUUAUAGAAAAAAAAACUAAACUAAACAAAAAAAAACAGGGAAAACAAGAGCACAUGAUUGCCAGUAGUGGAGAUGAGCUCUAAAGACAUAUCAUAUAUGUACAUAGGCAACUUUAUAAAGUCACAUGACUUAUAUGAUGCAAAGGGAAGCUUAUUUGUGUUUAUUAAUGCCAAAAUAAAAGCACUUCAUUCACAGCAUUUUACUGUGUGUUCAGAUGUAUGUGUAUAGUGAAAGUGUAAUAAAUGUGUCUAUUGAUCGAAAUCCUUCUCCUUUUGUGGUGCUGCUGAUGAUUCCCAUGGGAAUUAGUUAAACCACAUGAAUCACAUUUUUAGUCAGUUUCACAUUUUGUGUCAAAGCUUUUCAAGAUCCAUCUUCUGCAACUGAGAUAGAGAGGAUUUAGAGGCUAUAGGGUCAGCACCCCUAAACUUGUUCUGUUCCUCAAACCCUUCUCUUGUGGUGUGGUAGUGGACUCAAAAAGAGGCCUCUGUAGAAU